UUCACUUCUCCAUUCAUGGCGGCACCACUAAUAGCAUGGAAGUUAGUAACAAUCAAGAUGGCUGCUACCAACUCGAAUAUAUCCAGUGAUAGUCCAACCAAGAAGGAGGACGAAUUCAAUGAAUUUUAUUCCGAAGUGAAAGAAAUAGAAAAAAGAGAUUCGGUAUUAACUCCCAAACAACAAAUUGACAGACUACUUCGACCUGGCUCAUCGUAUUUUAAUUUAAACCCUUUUGAAGUAUUACAAAUUGAUCCAUCCACAUCUAUAGAUGAAAUAAAAAAGAAAUAUCGACGUAUGUCAAUUCUUGUGCAUCCUGAUAAAAACCAAGAUGACGCAGAACGUGCACAACAAGCAUUUGAAAUUGUUAACAAAGCAUGGAAAACAUUGGAAAACGAAGAAACUAGAGCUAAAUGCAUGGAUGUUAUAGAAGAAGCAAAAGCUAGAACGGAUCAUAUGAUUGUAGAAAAGAAGAAAAAACUGAAAAAAGAAGGAAAAACAGAAAGUGCAAAUAUACUUGAAGAGGAAACAGAAGAAGGUUAUAGACAUGCAGUUUGGGUUAUGACAAUGAAACUUUUUGCUGACAUGGAGAGAAGAAGAAGGGAAUUAGCUACUCGAGAUGCGGAACAACGUAAAAGGAAACGGGAAGAAGAACUAUCUGCAGAAGCACAAGCUGCGUUAGAACGUGAGUGGCAAAAAAAUUUUGAAGAAUCUCGACAAUCAAGAGUUGAUAGUUGGAAAGCUUUUCAGUCUGGUGCUAGUGCCACAAAACAAAAGAAAGCAAAAAAAUUGAAAGCUUUCAGGCCUCCUAAAACGAAAGCUGAAUCACGAUAAUUAAGUAACUGUUCCUGACACCUGGCAUAGAUUCUUUUAUUUGAUCAGCAUUUCAUAUUUCUUGCAAAAAAUGUAGUUUAAAUAGCAUGUUUUCACUAUGUGACAAAUUAUUGAUUUUAUUAGAACUAAUUGGAAUUGUUCUCAUUUAAAAUUCCUUUCUUAAUUAAGAAUUUGUUAUUUAAAAUUAGUUAAAAAAAUUAAAAUCAGGUGUCAAAGUAGAGAAUGAAUUGUAAACAGAGUGAUGAGUACAUUGAGCAGCAAAGUGUGAGAAUGAUUAGUGUAUGUAUCGUUCACAAAUAAUUUGUGUGUUUGUUGAAUCUACAUGUAUGUAUGAACGUACAUAGUUGUGAUAUAUUUACAUGGCCCGAACAAGUUCGACUUUAAAUAAAAGCUUGAUCUAAUGAAAUUAUUGUAUGAAAUGUAAGACAAUUUCCAUUUGUACUAUACAUACAUUACAUUUGUAUUGUUGGAUAACAAAUGUCAAUUUUAUAAUAUACACGUACCUCAUAUUUUUAUCUGAAAUAUACAAUCACAUGACACAAUGCUUUAAAAAAAAGACAACAUUUAAGUUAUACAAUGUGUUAAAUGAAAUUUAGAUUAAUAUUUCUUACUUUUUCAUAUACUUUUAUAAAUUACUGUGGAAAGUUUGCAUAUAUCAUACCAAUAAUUGACAAUUAAAAAAAUAUUGCUGUUUUAAAGCUACAAGAUGAUUUGAAAUACAAAAUAUAAAGAUAAAGGUAAAGUAUGAAUGUUCUUCUGCAGAAUACAACCUCUGCUUACAUAUUGUUAUAAAAAUUCGACAUUAUGUAUUGGUGUCAUGUGUGCACAAAGUAUAUUUAUCUAACAAUGUAUAAUAUAAUUGUUACAUUAUACUAAGGCAAAAUAUUUCAUCUGUAUUUCAUACAUAAUGCGGAUGAAAUUGUGACGCUUUUAUAUACCUUUGUUUCUUUAUUCACUUUCUUUUUCAAUUUUGGUAAAUAGUUUGCCGCUGCACUAACAAUCAUAUUUUGCACCUUGAGUGACAUUACAGUAGUCAUAUUAACAUCUAGAAUUUGUUAAUCGCUGAUUUUAAAUGUGCUACGAGCAAAACCAUAUAUAAAAUAAUUUAGCGUAUGUUUCCUUUGGAAAUCAAAAAAUGUAACAUAUUACAUUCCUUUUAGUUUAACAAAACACUCUAAGUAAGUGAUACGACAAUAUUUUACGUUCAUUGCCAUCGAAAUAGUUUAACGGGCCAUGUAGUUAUAAUUUUCGGUUUUCAAUAGACACUCGCAUAAUGGAUGUUAUAUCGCGACGUACACUUGGUCCAACUGUAAUUUGUAAGAUUAUUGUAAGAAGACAAAUUUCUAAAGCAUAAGUUUCUCAUUGCAAGUCACUUUAAAUAGUUUUACUAAUAUAUGAAAGUCAAUGUUGUACAAGUGCCGAUAAGAAUAAACGGCGAGAAAGUGUUUGUGUGUAAAAGAUAAAAUCGUAAGAUGAAAUUUUUAUCAAAGAUAUUAAGCUGAAUAGCUGAUCACAACGUGAAAUAACAUUUAUUUCCAAUUUUUUUCUAUUUUGUUUUUGUAAUAUGAAUUUUUCUAUGAUGCCAUAAACUUUAUUAAUUCCGAUUUAUAUAUAUAUAUAUAUAUAUAAUAUUUUUAUUAAUAUUAUAUAUUAUAUAAUAUAUAAUAUCAUUAUUUUAUUAAUAUCAUUAUUUAUAUAUAUAUAUAUAUAUAUAUAUAUAUAUAUAUAUAUAUAUAUAUCAACGCAAUAUUAAUAAUCAUUUUACUAUCAUUCAGUAAUACCAAAUAAUGGAUUAAACAAUACACACUCGGAGAAUGCCUCGUUUAUUUAUAAUAUAUAUACGAUACUGGAUGGUAGAAAAAAAUCUAUUCGUGGCUUUUAUUUAUAUGUACAAAAAUUUUAUUAUUUCACAACAAAUGAUAUUAUAUGACCACAUAUUCUGUAUUAGGCGGAAUUGUUUGAAAAAUUAACUUUUUUUUCUUAAAAUUGAUUUCAACUUUUCAUUCAUUUGUGAAAAUGUUACAACGGAUAUAUUAUAGUAUUAUUUAAUGCUAUAAAAAAUUCAUUUUAUACAAGUAGUAGAUUACAAGUCGUCAAUGAUAAUAAUUUGUAUUGUUCUUUAUUUAGUUCGACCAUUUGUUAUUAAUGUAUUCAUCUUGUAUAUUAUGACGUCCAUGGGAUAUAAAAUGUAAAUAUGAUACA